CUGGAGCAGCUCAAACUGAGGCAGGUCUUUGGUGUGGAUAGAACUCUAGUAAGUCCACACACACAGUCACACAAAAAAAAUCUAUAGAAUAAUCAGGAGAGAGACAUCCUCGAAAAUGAGCGUUGAUCACCUCACCCAGCUCAAUACGGAUUCCCGCUUGAACGAUUCCCAUAAGUCCAGUAAAAAUGAAGAGAAACACAAACCUAAAGAGCACAAACACAAGGAGCACAAGUCAAAAGAUCGAGACAAGGAUCGUGAGAAAUCCAAGCACAGCUCCUCCAGUUCCAAGAAUCAUAGCAACAGUGAGCACAAAGAUUCUUCGGAGAAGAAACACAAAGAUAAGGAAAGGGAAAAAGACAAAGUAAAACAUAGAGAUGGGAGCUCUGACAAACACAAACAUAAGGACAAGGAGAAAAGGAAGGAGGAGAAGGAUAAGAUCCAUUCUUCAAGUAGUGGUUCUGGAGAUAGAAUAAAGAAGGAGAAUGGUUUCACAAGCCCUCCUCGUAUAAAGCAAGAGCCAGACGAUGAUUAUAUCCCAUCCAUUAAAGUGGAAAACAAGCCAAUGAAGAGGCCCCGUGAAGAUGAUGAUGUUGAUUUCAAACCGAAGAAGAUCAAAUCAGAAGAUGAAAAGAAAGCCAAAAAAAGAAAAUCUGAAAUGGAUAUAAAGAACAAAAAAUCCAAAGUUAAAGUGGAAAGUUCUGGGCCGGGAAAAAAGAAGAAGAAAGAGGAGGAGGACAAAUGGAAAUGGUGGGAGGAAGAACGUUAUACCGAUGGUGUGAAAUGGAAAUUCCUGGAACAUAAAGGACCUGUAUUUGCUCCACCCUAUGAGCCACUCCCAGAUAAUGUUCAUUUCUAUUAUGAUGGGAAACCUAUGAAGCUGAGCCCUCAGUCUGAAGAGGUUGCCACAUUCUUUGGUAAAAUGCUUGAUCAUGAGUAUACUACGAAAGACAUCUUUAGGAAGAAUUUCUUCAAAGACUGGCGGAAGGAAAUGAAACCUGAAGAAAAGGCAAUCAUAACGGAUCUCAACAAGUGCAACUUUGAAGAAAUAAACCAAUAUUUCAAGGCCCAGUCUGAGGCUCGAAAGCAGAUGUCCAAAGAAGAGAAACAGAAACUAAAAGAAGAAAAUGAAAAGCUUCUACAAGAGUACGGGUUUUGUAUAAUGGACAACCACAAAGAGCGGAUUGCGAACUUCAGGAUUGAGCCACCAGGACUCUUCCGUGGCCGUGGUAACCACCCAAAGAUGGGCAUGCUGAAAAGAAGGAUAAGGCCGCAGGACAUAAUCAUCAACUGUAGUAAGGACUCCAAGAUUCCAUCACCCCCUGCAGGCCAGAAGUGGAAGGAGGUACGACAUGACAACAAAGUGACUUGGCUAGUGUCAUGGACUGAGAACAUCCAGGGCUCCAUCAAAUACAUCAUGUUGAACCCCAGCUCCAGAAUUAAGGGUGAGAAGGAUUGGCAAAAAUAUGAAACUGCUCGGACGUUAAAGAAGUUAGUGGACAAGAUACGUGCGCAGUACAGGGAGGACUGGAAGUCAAAAGAGAUGAAGGUCCGGCAGCGUGCUGUUGCACUUUAUUUUAUUGACAAGCUAGCUCUGAGAGCUGGGAAUGAGAAAGAAGAAGGUGAGACUGCAGACACCGUGGGUUGCUGCUCGCUUCGAGUAGAGCACAUAAACCUGCACGUUGAGCUUGAUGGUCAGGAAUAUGUAGUUGAAUUUGACUUCUUGGGUAAAGACUCCAUUCGAUAUUACAACAAAGUGCCAGUGGAGAAAAGGGUGUUCAAGAAUCUUCAGUUAUUUAUGGAGAAUAAGCAACCUGAAGAUGACCUUUUUGACCGACUCAAUACUUCAAUCCUCAACAAACAUCUCCAGGAACUAAUGGACGGACUUACAGCUAAAGUAUUCCGUACCUACAAUGCUUCUAUCACCCUGCAGCAGCAACUGAAGGAACUGACCAACCCGGAUGAAAAUGUUGCAGCGAAAAUACUUUCUUAUAAUCGUGCCAACAGAGCAGUUGCUAUUCUUUGUAACCAUCAGCGGGCACCUCCAAAAACAUUUGAAAAGUCCAUGCAAAACCUGCAGACCAAAAUCGAUGCAAAGAAAGAACAAAUUGGACUAGCCAGGAGAGAGCUGAAGGGUGCCAAAGCUGACUAUAAAGUUAGAAAAGAUGAAAAAUGUAGAAAAUCUGUGGAAAGUAAGAAGAAGGCUCUCCAGCGGCUUGAAGAUCAGUUAAUGAAAUUGGAAGUUCAGGCUACUGACCGAGAAGAAAAUAAGCAGAUAGCUCUUGGGACUUCCAAACUCAAUUACCUGGAUCCUAGGAUCAGCAUUGCCUGGUGUAAGAAAUGGGGCAUCCCAAUCGAGAAGAUCUACAAUAAAACCCAACGUGAGAAGUUUGCCUGGGCCAUUGAUAUGGCCGAUGAAGACUUUGAAUUUUAACUAUUGGUGUGGCUGAAGCUGAGUGAGACCCGGCCUAAGCCACUUUGAGCUGGAGAAGAUACAUUUUUAUCUAAUGAGGAAAAAGGAAAAACUGUGGUUCCAUAGCUACUGUUUUAAGAGGAAGAAAAGCAAAACAAAUAUAUAUAUAUAUUCGCACUGAUUAGAUUGGUGCAUUUAUACUGUUAGAACCUUGCAAUAACUUUUUUUAAAUUGAGAGCUGCAGUCCUGUUUUAAAAAUAAAAUCAGAGUACACCUGCUUCAAAACUGGUCACUGCUGAACCAUGGGGAAGAAUCGGGUGACUGUUCAGCCUGAACUAGAGACUGCUCACUAUCUUGUGUUUCUCUGGGGUUUUUUGUUUUUAUCUUUUAACAUUUGUCACUGACCUCUGGUCUCAACCAACAAACUGGAAUGUGAAUCCAGGUCGAACAAAUGGUUUGGUUUGAUUUUAACUGAGAAAUGAUUGUAUACGUGGGUUUAACAUGAGAAAGGUUUUUAAUUUUAACAAAGGAUUCUUUACAUAAAAGAUGUAUUUCAUUUGAAAGGAGCAGUGGCAGAGCUGGCAUCAAAUGUUUAUGGUUUGGGAUGAAAUGAAUUAAAUUCCAGAAUUUGGUUGAUUCAACUAAUUGAAGUUGAAGAGCUCUCCACUGGCAACUACCCUUCUGCCCCUGUUUAAGGGAUAUAUCUGGCUUCCUUAUGAGGGCAUAGACAAUGUUGUGAGCGGAAGACAGUUGAGAACUGAGGGCUAUGGGAAGCAUUGCAUUCAUGGCUUGAGCUGGUGAAUGUUGCCUUGGCUUGAUCUGGAGGCAAAACCAAGAACUGCGUAGAUUUGCAGACCAGUCAGACGAAGUACCCAGUUUGUCCUCCACAGUUGCAUUGAGCAACACACACUGUAUAAAAUGGUGGGUGGCCCCUUUCUGCACCUAACUUGCUCUGCCACUGGGAAUGUGUAUUGCAUUCUCUCCCUCACUACUGUAAAUUAAUUAUGAAUUUUUUUAAAAAUUGCUUGUGAUCCCUUUAAAUGUCUUUGCUGAAAUUUGUUUUUAAAAUUCACUUUUAAUUGUUUGUUUUGAAUGGGUCCUGCUUGCAGGUAAUAAAAUGUUAUCAGAUGGGGAUUAAGAAAUUGAGCCUGCAAGAACUCCCACUGGAAUAAAUUUUGGAUCACUAGCUAGAAGAUCGACUGAAACGCAAAGAUUUUUUUUAUAUAUUUUAAACUUUGUAG